GUGUCGUAAAAGAAACGCUCCUCCCCGUCCAUGUGAUGCUACAAGCUCCGAAGGCGGCGCGGCUACUUGCGGAAGCUAGCGUGUGUAGGUGAAGUUGCGGGACAGACUUUUGUGUUUUUAGCGAAAACCAAGUCGUCUCACAAACAUGGAGGAAGCUGAGGAGUUCAUGAAGUACCGUUCCCCGCUGGUGUCGAGGUAUGCCAGCAAGGAAAUGGCCUACAACUUCAGUGACAGGAAGAAGUUCACAACCUGGAGGAAGCUGUGGAUCUACCUGGCCAAGGCUGAGAAGGCUUUGGGUCUUCCCAUCACGGACGCCCAGAUUCUGGAGAUGGAGAGCCACGAAUUGGACAUUGACUUCGCCAUGGCGGCCGAGGAGGAGCGUAAGCUCAGGCACGACGUCAUGGCCCACGUCCACACCUUCGCACACUGCUGCCCCGCUGCCGCCCCCAUCAUCCACCUCGGUGCCACCUCCUGCUACGUGGGAGACAAUACUGAUCUGAUUAUGCUGCGUGAUGGGUUUGACAUUCUCUUGCCUAAGCUGGCCAGAGUCAUUGACAGACUGGCAAACUUUGCAGAGAAAUACGCUGACCUCCCCACGCUCGGCUUCACACACUACCAGCCUGCCCAGCUGACCACGGUAGGAAAGCGAGCGUGUCUCUGGCUGCAGGACUUGGCCAUGGACAUGCGGAACCUGCAGCGACCCCGCGAUGACCUGCGUUUCCGGGGAGUCAAGGGGACCACCGGCACCCAGGCCAGCUUCCUGCAGCUCUUUCAGGGCGACCAUGACAAGGUGGAAGAUCUUGACAGAAUGGUGACAGAGAUGGCUGGCUUCAAAAAAGCCUACCUGGUAACGGGACAGACUUACAGCCGUAAGGUGGACGUGGACUGUCUGUCCAGCCUGGCUAGUUUGGGAGCUACUGUUCACAAGGUCUGUACAGACAUCCGCCUGCUCGCCAACUUGAAGGAGAUCGAGGAGCCUUUUGAGAAAGACCAGAUUGGCUCCAGCGCCAUGCCCUACAAGAGGAACCCCAUGCGUGCAGAGCGUUGCUGCAGCUUGGCCCGACACCUGGUGGCGCUGUUGGCCGACCCGCUGCAGACCGCGUCGGUCCAGUGGCUGGAGAGGACGCUGGACGACAGCGCCAACAGGAGGAUCUCCCUGCCCGAGUCCUUCCUGACAGCUGACAUCAUCCUCAGCACCCUGCAGAACAUCACAGAGGGACUGGUGGUCUACCCCAAAGUCAUCGAGAGACACAUCCGCCACGAGCUGCCUUUCAUGGCCACAGAGAACAUCAUUAUGGCCAUGGUGAAGGCUGGAGGAAACCGACAGGACUGCCACGAGAAGAUUCGUGUUCUGUCCCAGGAGGCAGCAGCCGUGGUCAAGCAGGAGGGUGGUGAUAACGACCUGCUGGCCAGAGUCCAGCGAGACCCUUACUUCGCCCCCGUCCUGGGGCAGCUGGACACCAUACUGGACCCCAAGACCUUUAUCGGCCGCGCUCCCCAGCAGGUGACCAGGUUCCUGUCUGAAGAAGUACGCCCCAUGCUGGAGCCGUACAGGGCUAAGAUGGAUGUCAAGAUCGAGCUUGAGCUCUGAUACACACACACAAACACGCACUGAUACGAUGACUCGCACACAAGCUGAGGAAAGGAGACUUCAUCAUGGUGUGUGGCCAUGCUGAAUGCUCCACCUCAAUAAAGAACAAUCACUGGAUGAAUCAUCUUAAUUGUGGGGUUUUCAUUUCUGCCUACUGCAUUUUAAAUAGUUAAAAAAAAGAUGUGAUAUACUCAAAAUCAUACUUUAAAAAAAAUGAAAUAUAACUCAAACAGACGGUGAUUAAUGAUAUUGUGGUCAAAUGAUGUGAGUAAUGUUUCUAUUGACAAACAAACUCAGUAAAAAGGUCCCAAAAUGUUCAAACUGUCACUUAACUCGCGUUAGCUGAGAAGCUAUGACAAGUUUACCUUUUAGUGGCGCAGCGGGCUGUGUUCAUCUGUCACUUUCCUCCUCUUAACUUCCUGGUGGCGGUAUCUCUGGGGGGCGGGGACUAAUACGGCGCCCAGUCCACUGAUUGGAUGAAGGACUGAUGACGUCUUCUUCAGUUUAUUGGCGGACUACAAACCAACGUUUAAGGUGCAUACCUCCACCUACUGUAACAUCAUAACUUUAUGACAAUUGUCAUUUAAACACAAUACGGUUAUUAUUAAUAAAGCAAAUACUUCAUAUAGAAGUUAUAUUCACUAUUGUGUAUUUUAGUGUAUUGCUUUUAUAUAUGAUUUUUAAUGUAAAGUGUGAGUUUUAUGAAAAGCGCUAUAUAAAUAAAAUUUAUUAUUCUGGAUAUUAUUCUGCAUAGCGAAAAGCAAACUGCUUAUAAAAAUACAACACACCCGUCCCUGCUCAUGGAGAUCCCUCCAAAAUGCAAUAUACAUUUCCAUAACGGCCACAUAUACAGCAUGACAUUAUUCCCCGUUUCAUUGAGAUAUAUCUAUCUAUAUAUCUAUAUAUAACUCCGAAGCCCAACGUGGGGCUUGAACCCACGACCCUGAGAUUAAGAGUCUCAUGCUCUGCCGUCUGAGCUAGCCGGGCCUGGUACAUCAAAGAAAAGGUUGAGAGUUCGAAUCCCACCUUGGGUGAUAGUCUUUUGUACUGUGGACUUCUGUUCUCAGGGGUGGCCUUCAGUCCUGCAACAC